AUGGCCGACGUGGUAAGUGUCGGCGUUAACUUGGAUGCCUUUUCUCACGCUAUAAGCGGGAUCCAGGCGCUCCGCUCCAGCGUCAGCCGCGUCUUCGAGUCCCUCAAAGAUGGCAUGAAGAAUCGCGAGACGCUGGAAGGCCGAGAGAAGACAUUCCUCGCCGUCUUCCAGGACAACCUGCAAGCUGUCAACCGAGACCUCAAUGAAUUGGAGCGCCUCAGCGGUUUGGUGGGCCGCCCCUCUGAGUCACACCCUUUACACAACAGUGGCCUGCUCAGUCUGGAUCCAGUUCAGGACAAGACACCGCUGUACUCGCAGCUGCUACAGGCCUACAAGUGGUCCAACAAGCUGCAAUACCACGCCGGCCUGGCGUCCAGUUUGCUGAACCAGCAGUCGCUCAAGCGCUCGGCCAAUCAGAUGGGCGCCUCGGCCAAGCGCCGCCCUAAAGUGCAGCCCAACACUCUGGUCCUCCCCCCGCAGUACGUGGACGACGUGAUCUCGCGCAUCGACCGAAUGUUCCCCGACAUGAGCAUCGAACUCUUCAGACCCAACGGAUCGUCCGCGGUGCUGCUGGUAACCCUGGGUAAGGUCCUCAAGGCACUGGUGGUCAUGCGCUCGCUCUUCAUCGACCGGACGUUGGUGCGAGGCUUCCACGAAGACAUUUACGAGCGCGACGGGAAGAAGCUGGACAUCUGGAGCAAGUCACAGCAUCUGGUCUUCCGGAAGGUAACGGAUCACGCCACCACCGCGCUGCUGCACUACCAGCUGCCGCAGAUGCCCGACGUGGUCGUCAGAUCCUUCAUGACAUGGCUCCGCAGUUACAUGAAGCUCUUCCAGUCUCCGUGUCAGCGCUGCGGUCGCUUCCUGCAGGACGGCCUGCCUCCCACUUGGAGGGACUUUCGGACCUUGGAGGCCUUCCACGACACCUGCCGCAUGUGA